AUGGCCUGGAUGCUUGGGCACACCUGGUUACUUCUACUGACGUUACAUGUAAUAUACUCAUCUCUGGUGAGUCCUUUCUGCAUUGAAUGUACCCAACUAGUGUGAUACCAGGCUUUUGACAGGCCAUUUAUAGUCUGAUCUGCGAUCUGUAAUGUCCACAUAUAAUAGACCCUGUAAUAGUCUCCAUUCUAAAUGACUGUUGUCAGAUCUGGCAUGGACAUCAAUGUGUGGACGGACAGAUAUAGUAGUCUACAUAGUUUGAGGAGUAAAAGCCAGUGGGUAAAAUAGUGGCACUAUUGUAGGGGGAUUACACCCGCGCUGGACUCGGUCCACAUGAUCUCUUACCAAUGAAAGGCGUGAUGAAACGCAGGAAUCCCUAGCUGUUCAGUAUCAAAUGAUUAUUCCCUCUCAGGUUCCUGUAACAGCGGAGGAGGAGACCAGAGAAUGCAGGGAACAGGAGUACAAGGAUCAGCUUGGGAACUGUAAACCCUGCAAGCAGUGCGACGCCGGGCAGGAGCUAUCAAAGGUUUGGAGCCUAAUAAUGUACGCUAUAUAGACAGUAAAACUUAGACAUCCAUAAAUUAUGACCUCCUUAAGAGUGCCCUUAAAUGUACUGCACUUUACAUACAGACUUAAAAUAUCUGUGGAAAAUGUAGUUGGCCCAAUGAUUCCAUCUCAGUUUAACAAGUUUAUAGGAUGCUUCAUCACAGUUGAAAGGAAAACAUUUAUCACUGUUUCCCUUGAUCUAUAAAAAGGAAAGAGACUAAAACCAUGAUAAAACUGGAUACAAACAGAGCACUUAAACCAUGUUGUAACUUCCUAAACCUGAAUAACCUCUGGAUAAGAUAUACCCUUGGUAAAAAAAAAAAAACACCGCUUUUUUUCCUGAAAGAACCAUGUUCAUGAAUAGAAUGGAUCCCAGUGUUUAUAAUAGUGAAUCUUAUGCAGGGAACUGAGGUUAUUUAUGACUUCCUCUGUUUCAUGGAGAAAAGGGCCAAAUGACUUUUGUAGAACACAGACCGCUCUUUAAUCAGUCACACCCAUACUUCGACCCUCUGUUGCUGAAUGGAUUCCAUUGUUUUCCCCCAAGUUCCCUGUCCAAGUUAUUGUCUCCAUUGUUUGAAGGAAACCAUGCAUACACUUGCUGUACAGUGAGAGGGGUAUGCCUUUUAUCACUAUUCUUGCCAAAGACAUGGUGUUCUGUGUGGGCUGUGUAGAAACGGGUUGGAAGGCCAGAAGCAAAGUUAGUUUAGCAAUGCUUUUCCUCCUACCACUUAAACAUUAUGCUCAGCUAAGCACAGGUAAAAAAAAACGUCCAUCUUAUACUAAAUUGCCCUCUCGUAACAUCUGUUGUACACAUACUUUUCUACCAGGUUGCCUUUUAUCUUGGUACAGACAUGCAGUCAGUGGUGGUACGCUUCAGUGGGCCUCAUGUUCCUCUGCCAGUUCAACAGCCAUGAAUGCUCGGCGCCCUGGGGUCCUGCUUAAUAAUUGUCUGCCUCAUUCAUUCUAAGUGGUAGCGGGAAGCCAUCUCGCAGUGGAGGGAGGCUCGGAGCAGAGAAAUAGUGCACCUAAGUGGGGAGACUUUCUAAUAAGGCUGUGUGGCUGCCAUAUAGAUAUAUGGAAUGUAAUUAUACAUUCUUCUGGAUGUCUGCCUCUAUUGUUGCAAAGUAACUUCACAAACAUCAAUUAGCUCUUCGUUCAGGGAACCACCCAAGCAUCAGAGAAGUCCUUUAUUAAAACGAUCUGAUAUUUGUCAUUUUCAAAUGACAGAUAUAGCUAAUAUAUGAUUCACUCUGACCCAAGUGGGCUCGACAACAACCUUGAUUAAUGUUUUGACCAGGCCCCAGGAACUUGGAGAAUGAACAGAGGAUGGUAUUUAACAAGCUUCCUGGCCUUGAGGGUGAGAUUAUUGUGAGCUCUUCUGAGUAUCACACAACUCUCACUUGUGCACUGGUUUCUUCUUUCUAUUAAAUCAUAGAAAAUUACAGAAGUCUUCACCUUGUCUUUCAUCCAGCAUUUCUUCACUCUUGAGCAAAUCUACAAUUCCUAACAAUACAUACAUACAGUACAUACAUACAGGAGUGACUGCCCCACAUAUAGUGCAUGCAUGCUUGGGAACUUUGCAUUAAGCCACUGGCAAAGAGGCAACAUGUCUUUGAUUUGUAGACACUAGACAUUGAAAGAGCGUGGUUAGAUCUGGCUUUUGUGCUCACUUUGCGGCUAGAUCAUCCUAAACCCAUGGAAGUAAUGACGCACUUGAAAGCUAAUUUGCCUAUACCCAAUUAGCUCCAUUUAAAUGAGACAGUAGCAUUAUGUGAUUCCUGGCUGCAUCCCAAGAUGGGAUACCUUGACAGCAUCUUUAUUGUAAAAACAAAAUGUCUUUCCAUCCAAUUAUCUGAGAUAUUUUCUCACAUUAGACACCUGAUCUGGUCAGUGUGUUAAACCUUGUUUUGAUCCUUUGUUAAUCAGGACAAAGGACUGAAAUAUAAAAUUCCUGGAUGUUACAGCACUGCCUGGGUGGAGAGGGGACAAGUUGGCUGAGUGCUCCUUUUGUUCUGUGCCCUACCCUGGCCUGUAUACGUGGCAGCCCCUCUCCUGCCAUGCAUUGCCACAUGGACAGAGUCUUUGCCAGCACCCAGCUUUGUGGCGAUCAAUCCUCCUAGGGCCCCUUCAUCUGGAAGUGGGACGACACUCUUCCGUCCAAAACCACUCUAAACAGCUCUGCUGUGACUGCUCUGCAGCGGCUAGCCUUCCGUGGCGUGCACUAGGAGAAACCCAGGCUCCAGGGUUCAUCAUCCUCCAUGAAUCUAAAUUCUAACUUUAUUUCCUUCUCUCUGUCAUCAUCCCCCUCUCUCUCUCUCUCUCUCUCUCUCUCUCUCUCUCUCUCUCUCUCUCUCUCUCUCUCUCUCUCUCUCUCUCUCUCUCUCUCUCUCUCUCUCUCUCUCUCUCUCUCUCUCUCUCUCUCUCUCUCCUCUCUCUCUCUCUCUCUCUCUCUCUCUCUCUCUCUCUCUCUCUCUCGUCUUUCCACUGUCCCCUGCUCUGCUGAUGUGAAGGUCCUUAUAUGGAGAGCACACAACAACAGCUGCAGCCCUGCCCUAGCCCUCCUCCAGCCAAAGCCAAGGGCCAAUGUCGUCUCAUGUUUUGCUGAAAUGGCCAAAUUCCUCUAUCUUCUGCCCUGACUCUGUAGGGCCAUCACGGGAUCCCAUCUUUGCCUCGCUUAUUUUUCUUUCUUUGCCCAUCUGCCCAACCCCCGGGCUCCUGUGCCCAUAUUCCGGUGCGACUGCAUGCCCAGGUGGUGAAACGGGACACGGUCGAGGAGAGAAGUGCCCUGUUUAAAUUUGACCUUCACGUUAAUGAUAUAUGAGCCCCCCACCCAUCAAUCAGCCUGGCCUGGGAAUGCAGUGUGGCAACAGUGGACGGGGGCAGCUGCUGCAGACAAUAAAAUGACUGAUGUCAUUCCAGCAGGGUCCUUUUACUUGGCGUGGGAUGAGAUGAUCAGCAGGAAUGUAAAUGUUCCUAUGACCAUAUCAAAUCCAGGUUGCCAGCCUCUGUGUGCCAAAUAAAUACUAUAUAGUACCGAAUAGGAAUCACAUUAACACUAGACCUACUACAUACACCCCAUUAUAUAUUUUUAGACAGAACAGAAUAGGCUAUAGUCUCGUGUCGAGAGGAAAGCCAGUAUGAGGGUUUGCGCUCAGUCUAGAAUGAAAGGCGGCCAGUGCGUGGGAAAUAAAAUAUCUGUAGAGUUAAAAAAGUACUCAUACUCAAAACAAUGAAAAGGAAUAACCCAAGGAGGCUGAGAGAAAAAAAACAGUAUAAUGAUAUACUAUAUAUAUAUUCUUGUGUCCCCAUUUUAUGAGGUGUACCCAUUAAUCCAACGGUAAACAGAUACACUCUGGUUAUAUAGAUAAUAUAUCCAGGGUGAUAAUAUAUUCAAUAUGGGUCCAGUAAUAUUUCCAUCUUAGAUUCGCUAUAGGGUUAAAGCCUGACAACUGAGCUGGUUCCAUAUUAGAUCACUCAUUCAUUAAUGAGAUGCUGUGCUUUUUAAGUGCAGUUCCCAUUGUAGAGACCAGGAGAUGUAUUCAACUUCUUACGCUUGUGCACCUCUCCAUAAUCCCUGCCCCCUAGCUAACUGAAGCGUUGCCUACAUACACUGGCCUCUCAAUCACCAGGACACUCACUGAGUUGUUCUAGAAAGAACCAGUCGCACAAAAACCCAGCAAUAAACUUGCAAUAAUACAACAGUGGGUGUCCCAGAGGGCCUUUAUCAUUCAAAUACCCGGCCAUUCUGGGGCCUGCAGCGGAAGGCCACUCAUUGAUUCUGAGAGAGUCAGGGAGAUUAUUGCCAGUGUAAGAUGGACUCUCAAAAGAGUCUGACCAUUGUUCCCUUAAGAUUUUGGAAGCCAAGAUCAUUCUUUAAUUCUAGACACCCUGGUAUCCCACAUUCAGAGCUUUUCUCCAGCUGCCCCCAGCCCCACCUCUCACCCGGGGGAUUUCUCCCGUUAAUCCCUCCAGGAAUGUGGCUUUGGUUACGGAGAGGAUGCCCGGUGCGUGCCCUGCAGAAGCAACCGCUUCAAAGAGGACUGGAGCCUGCAGAAGUGCAAGCCCUGCCUGGACUGUGGCCUGAACAACCGCUUCCAGAAGGGCAACUGUUCCACCACCAGCAAUGCCGUGUGCGGAGACUGUCUGCCUGGGUGAGGGAAGAGCUUAAUCACUUACAACAACUACUCUACUUCUACUACCAGUGUACUACUACUCUGUUACUACAGAUAAUGGUCAAAGUAUUGGUUCAUUACUUCAUACAAUCAAUUAAGCAGAUUUAUGAGAACUUUCAUAAUAAUCCAAUGCUAUGUUGUGUUUAACAGGUUUUACAGGAAAACUAAGCUGAGCGGAUUCCAAGAUAUGGAGUGCAUACCAUGUGGGGACCCUCCUCCUCCAUAUGAGCCACACUGUGAGCACUCACUCUCUCUUGUGUAACAUCAGUUGUGUAACAUCAGAAGAGCCUCUGAGGAAAAGUUCUCAAUAACUUGAACCAUUCAUAUCAGGCCAAGGAAUGUAGCCGGUGACAUUACAGACUAAAUAAGUAAUAUCUGUAGCUUGAAUGAGAAGUUGAGAACAUCAUUAAUUGCUAAAACUAUUGAACUUCAGGCUAAAAGUACAACCAAGACCCCAAAAACAUGUCAGGCCAUAAUGCCAUAACAAAGCAAAUACUGUACCUUCAUCUAAAACAUGCCAGCGCAAGGCCCUUAGAGUAAUCAGAACCACAACCAAAAUGGGUGGAGAAAAUCAUAGCUCAUUCAGUAAAGUCUCAUUGAGCCAGCCAACUAUGUUUUAUGCCCAAAUAAAUGCUUAGUUUUACAACCAGGCCCAUAAAUGUUGAAUUGGAUUGGAUGCUAGCAUAAUAGUCGGUCUUGCCAGAACUGGAUUAUAUUAGCUGGGACCAUACAAUACGACCCACCAUCAUUGCUCCAUUCCCAGGGACUGCAGAAAACCUCUUAUCUUAAGUAAAAGUCUCCAUCCACAUAUUUCAAGCAAAAAGGAGCUGCAAUGUUUCGAAAUACACUAUAUAUACAAAAGUAUGCGGACACCCCUUCAAAUUUGUGGAUUCGGCUAUUUCAGCCACACUCGAUCCUGACAGGUGUAUAAAAUCAAGCACACAGCCAUACAAUCUCCAUAGACAAACAUUGGCAGUAGAAUGGCCCUACUGAAGAGCUCAGUGACAUUCAACGUGGCACCGUCAUAGGAUGCCACCUUUCCAACCUUUCAAAUUUCUGCCCUGCUAGAGCUGCCCCGGUCAACGGUAAGUGCUGUUGUUGUGAAGUGGAAACGUCUAGGAGCAACAACGACUCAGCCGCGAAGUGGUAGGCCACACAAGCUCAUAGAAUGGGACCGCCGAGUGCUGUAGCACGUAAAAAUCUUCGGUCCUUGGUUGCAAAACUCACUACCGAGUUCCAAACUGCCUCUGGAAGCAACGUCAGCACAAGAACUGUUCGUCGGGAGCAGCCGCACACAAGCCUAAGAUCACCAUGCACAAUGCCAAGCGUCGGCUGGAGUGGUGUAAAGCUCGCCGCCAUUGGACUCUGGAGCAGUGGAAACGUGUUCUCUGGAGUGAUGAAUCACGCUUCACCAUCUGGCAGUCCGACGGAUAAAUAUGGGUUUGGUGGAUGCCAGGAGAACGCUACCUGCCCCAAUGCAUAGUGCCAACUGUAAAGUUUGGUGAGGGAGGAAUAAUGGUCUGGGGCAGUUUUUCAUGGUUCGGGCUCCUUAGUUCCAGUGAAAGGAAAUCUUAACGCUACAGCAUACAAUUACAUUCUAGACGAUUCUGUGCUUCCAACUUUGUGGCAACAGUUUGGGGAAGCGCUUUCCUGUUUCAGCAUGACAAUGCCCCUGUGCACAAAGCAAGGUCCAUACAGAAAUGGUUUGUUGAGAUCGGUGUGGAAGAACUUGACUGGCCUGAACAGUGCCCUGACCUCAACCCCAUCGAACACCUUUGGGAUGUUGGAACCCCGACAGCGAGCCAGGCCUAAUCGCCCAACACCAGUGCCCGACCUCACUAAUGCUCUUGUGGCUGAAUGGAAGCAAGUCCCCGCAGAAAUGUUCCAACAUCUAGUGGAAAGCCUUCCCAGAAGAGUGGAGGCUGUUAUAGCAGGAAAGGGGGGACCGUUUUGGAAUGAGAUGUUCGACGAGCAGGUGUCCACAUACCUUUGGUCAUGUAGUGUACCAGUGUUGAAAUGAUUGCAUCACAUCAUGCUUCUUUAGUUAGGUCUUGAAUGAAAUAAGAGAGUGCAGUGUCACAUGAUGUAUAUCUUCAGAGAGGACAUUCUUGAGCUGUGUAGUGCAAUUUUCUAGUACAUUCUAUGUAUCCACGGAGGUCUAUUAAGCAUUUCUUAAAGGGGGUUUUGUUCACAAAGCAGUGUAUUGAAUUCCAGUAGGCCACUACUACAUCUCAUUAGCCACCUUUUUUCGGCCAUUACCAGUGGUUAAGUAUAACCUUAUGAUUUUCGGCACACACACAGAGAGAGCGGGCUAGCUAACUUAUACCUUUGGUAAUUAAGUGUGACUUCCUGAUGCUUGUGGAGGCCACAGCUGUUCCUUGAGUAGGUUUGGCAGCGUGUUUGUAUGAGCCGUCCAGCCAGGUCUAGCACCCCUCUGUUAGACAACUUGAACUCACAAACUCAGUUUACAUUUGCUCUUCCUGGAGAUGUAAAAAAUUAUUCUCAAAUUUAGUAUGUACAGCUGUGUCACACCCUCAAAAUGAGCUAGUUUUAUUACUACCAUUUUUGGAUAGGACAAUAAAUAUGUAUUUUCAAGCAAUAACUCUAAAGCAUGCAGUAUUAGUAAUAGAGAGUCUACAUAUGACUAAACCAUAUGUAAUCACCCUGAACAUGGGCCUUGGGACAUGCAUGUCUGUCUGUCUGUUUGGCUGGCUGUCUGGCUUGCCAUUUUGAUUGCAGAGGCCCAUGAAACAAAAUGGCCAUUGUGUCCCAGAGAGAGCAAAGUUGGUAGUUACUACAGGGAGUCUCAGUGGAAUGCUUCCAAAUGUUUGAAAGUCUUGAUCUCUCUUCCUCCAGUGUUAUCUUGUGGACGGUGGUGAAAACUUAAAGGGAAGAUCAUUCUAAUAGGCCACACUGGCCCGGGGCGAAGCUGCAGCUGUGCAGGGCGGCUGCUUUUGGAGGAGGCCGUAAAUCUUAACGCACUUCAGUCUCCCGGCCAGUUUUUGGAGCAAAGUAAAAAUGAGAUUGUGUUUUAUGGAUUCCUUCAGUCGCUUUAAUGUAUUUCAUCUACUGGAGUUUUUUUGUCUGUGUCACGGUAGAGCUGUAAACGUUGGCUGGAGAGAGGCCAACCAUAGCCCCCACACCCCACACCCCAAUCCCCAGCUCCAGAACCGUUUUGGCAUUUUUACUCAUUCCAAACAGAUUUCAGCCAAGGUCAUACGGGAAUUUAGUAUGUUGGUUUGGUAAUAGCAAAAACAAUCCUUGCUUUGGCUUUGAGUUGGUUUUUGUUCUAUCCCCUGACAUUCCUUUUAUAUAAGUUGGAAGCUUAACAGUCAGAUAAAUAUUUUUAGGCACAUGUAUCUCAAACCAGGAUUUCACAGCAUACACAAAAGGAAGUCAGUUCAAUUUCAUUUGAAGCAAUCCGAUGCAAAUUCAACAAGCGUGCAGGUCAGGCUGUUGAAAGACAACGCAGACUCUUAUCACCUCUUCAUGCAACUGUAACACUUUUCCUAGAGAUAGGGCUUGUGGCCAGGGCUACUCAAGACCCUAAAACUCAUGACCCGACUGAUAUCCAUCCUCAUUUCUCUCAACAUGUUACAUUCAGACAACUUUAUCUCAACCGUUAUUUUCUUCUACUUGCCUUCGGAAAGAAUUCAGACCCCUUGACUUUUUCCACAUUUUGUUACGUUACAGCCUUAUUCUAAAAUUGAUUAAAUCGUUUUUAAAUCAAUCUACACAAAAUACCCCAUAGUGACAAAGGAAAAAAUGUUUGUUGUUGAAAUUGUUGCUAAUUUAUUACAAAUAAAAAGUAUUCAGACCCUUUACUCAGUACUUUGUUGAAGCACCUUUGGCAGCAAUUACAGUAUCGAGUCUUCUUGGGUAUGACGCUACAAGCUUGGCACACCUGUAUUUGGGGAGUUUCUCCCAUUCUUCUCUGCAGAUCCUCUCAAGUUCUGUCAGGCUGGAUGGGGAACGUUGCUGCACAGCUAUUUUCAGGUCUCUCCCGAGAUGUUUGAUUGGGUUCUGUGUGCUUAGGGUCGUUGUCCUGUUGGAAGGUGAACCUGGUCCCAGUCUGAGGUCCUGAGCGCUCUGGAGCAGGUUUUCAUCAAGGAUCUCUCUGUACUUUGCUCCAUUCAUCUUUGCCUCGAUCCUGACUAGUCUCCCAGUCACUGCCACUGAAAAACAUCCCCACAGCAUGAUGCUGCCACCACCAUGCUUCACCGUAGGCAGAGUGCCAGGUUUCCUCCAGACGUGACGCUUAGCAUUCAGGCCAAAGAGUUCAAUCUUGGUUUCAUCAGACCAGAGAAUCUUGUUUCUCAUGGUCUGAGAGUCUUUAUGUGCCUUUUGGCAAACUCCAAGCGGGCUGUCAUGUGCCUUUUACUGAGGAGUGGCUUCCGUCUGGCCACUCUACCAUAAAGGCCUAAUUGGUGGAGUGCUGCAGAGAUGGUUGUCCUUCUGGAAGGUUCUCCCAUCUCCACAAAGGAACUCUGGAGCUCUUUUAGAGUGACCAUUGGGUUCCUGGUCACCUCCCUGACCAAGGCCCUUCUCCCCCGAUUGCUCAGUUUGGCCGGGCGGCCAGAUCUAGGAAGAGUCUUGGUGGUUCCAAACUUCUUUCAUUUAAGAAUGAUGGAGGCCACUGUGUUCUUGGGGACCUUCAAUGCUGCAGACAUUUUUUGGUACCCUUCCCCAGAUCUGUGCCUCGACACAAUCCUGUCUCGGAGCUCUACGGACAAUUCCUUCGACCUCAUGGCUUGGUUUUUGCUCUGACAUGCACUGUCGACUGUGGGACCUUAUAGAGACAGGUGUGCCUUUCCAAAUCAUGUCCAAUCAAUUAAAUGUACCACAAGUGGACUCCAAUCAAGUUGUAGAAACAUCUCAAGGAUGAUCAAUGGAAACAGGAUGCACCUGAGCUCAACUUCGAGUCUCAUAGCAAAGGGUCUGAAUACUUAUGUAAAUAAGGUAUUUCUGUUUUUUAUAUUUCAUAAAUUUGCAAACAUUUCUAAAAACCUGUUUUUGCUUUGUCAUUAUGGGGUAUUGUGUGUAGAUUGCUGAGGAUUUUUUCUUUUUUAAUCCAUUUUAAAAUAAGGCUGUAACGUAACAAAAUGUGGAAAAAGUCAAGGGGUCUGAAUACUUUCUGAAGGCACUGUAUACUUUCCUCACUUCAAAGAUCCAUGCCAUGUCUCCUAACCACUGACUGUAAAAAAGUAUAGCAUUAGCAGCAUGCAGGAAAUUAUCUGAGUUGCAAACCAACACAUGCCAAAAGAGUGCGGUCAACCCUUAAAAUCAAGACUUGACAUGAGUGAAGUGUUUACACUCAGAGCAACAAAACUCCUCACCACUGCCGUAAUCAAGUAUCCAUGCAAAUGUAUAAAACCACAACCGCAUAGCAAUGCUAAUUUGUUUUUCUUGCAACACUUAAGGGGUGUUGGCUGUAUUUAUGAUAGGAAGAUCUGUUUAGCCAAAAAGGCAAACUCUUGGUUGUGGAGGGCUCAUACCUCUUUGGCAAUGGGAAGUCAUUCCAGUCAAAAUCUCUAAAGUUUCACAGGUGAUGAAUGCAGAUGGAGUCACCAUUAGUUUUCAGAAGGGGCCAUUCAUACUUCCCACUGGGCAAAAACUGGUUGAAUCAACGUUUUUCCCACAUAAUUUCAACCCCCAAAAUUCAUGUGAUGAUGUUGAAUCAACGUGAAAACUGAUAGGAUUUGAAAAAAGUGAUCAAUGUAAGAGAAUUUUGUAUUUGUUUCACCUAUUUAUUUUUAUUUUUACUAGACAUUGAACUGACGUAUGUUCCCAGUGGGUUGGUGGUUCCCUUUCUCUUUGUGGCCUGUCAUACACAAGGCUAUGGCUUUAAGUUUGGCAUUCCCAAAAGUCAACAGGGAGAGAGGAGAGCGAAUACCAAAACUAGCAGUUUAUUGGCAGGGUGCGUUGUGUUGAUACGAUCGGCAAGUGAGGUCUCCUUAAUGGGCCAGCCUUAAUCUGUGUUUUCUGCAGCUGUCUGGGAGUGAAAAGGGCUGACACUGGGCUGGGGGUGUGGGGGAGACACAGCUGGCUGCGGAGGGGAGUGGGGGAGGGCUGGCUGGAUCAGAGGCGGGACGGCUUUGACAUGGGGUCUCAACAACUGUACAGUGGAAGAAAAAGUCUGAGAGGGUGUCUGCACCAUGGUGAGAAAAUGAUGUGCCUUGCUUGUGUAAGCAUGGGUGUAGGUGUAAUAAUAAUAAUAAUAAUAUGCCAUUUAGCAGACGCUUUUAUCCAAAGCGACUUACAGUCAUAAGCAUGGGUGUAGGUGUAAGCAUGGGUGUAGGUGUAAGCAUGGGUGUAGGUGUAAGCAUGGGUGUAGGUGUAAGCAUUGGUGUAGGUGUAAGCAUGGGUGUAGGUGUAAGCAUUGGUGUAGGUGUAAGCAUGGGUGUAGGUGUAAGCAUUGGUGUAGGUGUAAGCAUGGGUGUAGGUGUAAGCAUUGGUGUAGGUGUAAGCAUUGGUGUAGGUGUAAGCAUUGGUGUAGGUGUAAGCAUGGGUGUAGGUGUAAGCAUUGGUGUAGGUGUAAGCAUGGGUGUAGGUGUAAGCAUGGGUGUAGGUGUAAGCAUGGGUGUAGGUGUAAGCGUUCAGUCAAACCUUUCAGCAAGUAAUUUUGGAUUACUUUGAUAGAGGACGUUCCAAAAUGUUGAUAGGAAGCACAUUCCAAUUAUUUCUUUUGAAGAUGUUUGAUUUAGUGGAGAAUGUUACUGUAUCCUCACAAAAUCAUCUCAACAUAUAUCAAGUUAUAUUCCGCUAUAUAAACUGUCUACUAUAAUUUAUGUAUUUGCCUUGAUCUGAGCAGUGCACUCCUGUUGACUCCCUUGUCAAAACUGUUAGCAAACGGCACUUGGUUUCUGUCGUAACACUUUUGAAGACCUAUCUCCUCUGAAACAUCCUAAUCUUGUUUUAAUAAGCCGUUAUCACCUGUUUGUUUACAAUGUAUAUUUAAAUGCUUAUUUAUUUUGCCCCUGGGUCAAACUGAAAUGUUAAGCUUCGCCGGCAGUUUGGGAUUUUUUUCUUCCUCAGAUGGAAUGUACAAAUACCCUUAUCCCCUAUCCUCUAUCCCGCUAGAAUAUAAAACCAUUGGCCAAGGCUAAAGUAAUGUUUGCAUUGCAUAACAAAGGGCUCUUGAAUUUGAAAAGGCCAAACCCACUGCUUUAUGAUUUAUGUACUAAAAAGCGAUUGAAGGGGUCUAUUGAAAAAUAUUUUUCAAAUAUAAAAUAUGUUAAACAGAUCUCACACAAUCACUAUUUUCUCUAUUGUGGGCGAGUAGCCAGUCACUUUUUCAUAGUAGGCGUAGUAUUACUUUAGGUAUUAUGUUUGCUCUCUAUGUAAACCUACACACCAACUAUGCACAGGUCAUGACCAAAAAUUACAAUCACAGUUAAUACAAUCAUACUUCUGUUGCUUGUUGAAAUAAUAUCAGUGGCCUUAUUGCACGUGUUUAACUUGUGACUAGACAUCCGUCAUGUACCAAAUUAUUCCUCAACAAAUUAAGCCCUGAUGAUCCAUAUUCGUGGGAAAGUGUUUAAUGAGAAGCUGUCCUCAAGGCCAGGUCCCUUGAUGUGAGAGUGUGUGAACAGUUUGGGGGCGGGGAGCCUAGACAGUGACAUCAGAUUUCCCUGGGGGCUAGCCUAGGACAGCAGCAGCAGUUGCAGUAAUGGGAUAAACACAAAUGCACGCACACACACACGCACGCACACACACACACACACACACACACACACACACACACACACACUCGCUUCAAACGUCUGGCCAGACUGCACAGACUUAAUGACAGGCUGUCUGACUGGCAUGAGAGGGCCUUGGGGUAGGGGGAAGAAUGACUGUAAUAACUCAUCCUCGGGAGGGAGAGAAUUUACUCCAGGCAUUCUCCUUUGAGUCUCUGUCUCCUUGGAGGACUCAGUGGGUCAAAGACAGCUACUACAUGCCAAUAGAUUGUACUACCAAGGUCAGACAAAGACACGACACAGUCGACUCGAAAAUGUAGUCGUUCUCAAACUAGACAGUUACAAAAACAUUUUAUUUUACUUUUUUCAACUUCCCUUGUAAAUUCCCAUGUUAUUAUGUGGUGAUGUUUGAUGCUCAUAUUGACCGUCUCUCUCUCACCGUGUCUAUCUCUGCCCCUACAGGCAGCGGGCGGGUAAACCUGGUGGCCAUCCCCCCGGUGGUGACCAGCCCUCGGGACAUGGCCCUGGCAGCGGUCAUCUGCAGCGCUCUGGCCACCGUGCUGCUGGCCCUGCUCAUCCUCUGUGUCAUCUACUUCAAGAGACAGCUGCUGGAGAAGAAGCCCAGCGGUGAGUGACCAACUUGAGCUUGAAAGAAGUCAUUACAAUGGUGUGGAAAUCUCAGUGGAGCAUUGGGACCAACAGGUGGCUUUGCUUUAGAAAUAUAGCAGCUACUAUCUUGCACUUGUUUGGGGUCUCCAUUAUGAAAAAAGUGUAUUUUUUACCUCAGCAUCUCAAAGGUCCCAGGACGGUCCAUACAGUGGGGCUGAGUUGUCGUGCCUGGACCGACGGAGGCUCCAUGACUUCCCUCAGCGCCCAUGCUGCCAGUGUCACCAGGGGCCAGGCCACACCUGUGGUAGGUCCUAUUACUGGUGGGCUUCUACAUUCACAUCACUCUUUAUGAGCCUUGGUUCUCAAACAGGUCACUCUGUCAAGUUGUAUGGAGUCUUUGACUGUAUUACUAUGGUACUGGCAUUGCUGUACACUGAGGCUUCAAGGCCAGGUCAUCCAUGCUUUCUGAUGGUUGGCGGUUGGUCACACGGUUUUUCCUGUGUGAUCUCCAGGCCCAGUGCACCUGAUCCCCUCCCUGUGCUGUGAUGAAAGCUGCAGUUUGGGCUGGAGCAGAGACACCAGCCCCUUCCAGUCACAGAUCAGCCUCAACGAGGGGUGAGGACCAUGACACAACACCACUCACCUCACCUCCACUCAAAACCAUUAACCACGAUUAAUUAACCACCAAUCAACAUCAUUUCACAUUGUUCAACACCAUACACCAUCAUAAUUCAUCAACACCAAUCACCAUCUAUUCUAGUACAUGGAUGCCCAAAUAUGACAGUCAGAAAAACCAAUAACAAGCACAGCAACUGAUAUUGUUUGACAUCAUGUCUCCUGGAAUCCCAGAAAGACCUAGAAGUGUAGAUAGACAUACAGUAAACCAUUGCUGUGGUGGAUAAUGUUUGCGAAACCGAACAACAUUCCUUUACACACCUCUGGUUCAGAACAGGAAGAGAACAAGGCCAACAACAAUCUUGUUAUGGUGUUAACUUUGGGUCUGUUUGGGAGAUGACUGUCAGAGAAUUGCCUCCCUGGGACUGUGGUUGGAUCAUUACUGAUGGGACUGGGAGAGAUUUAUGCUGCUGACACGGCCUCCAUUUUCCCCUACAGAUGCGGCGUGAAUCCCUGUGAGGAGAACGUCCUGGCCUAUCUGAAAGCCCAUCCAGAGCCCUGCAUCUCCAGAGAGGCCGACGAGACAUGGCCGCUCAUGCAGAACCCCGACUGUGCCGAGAGCUUGGGACCGCCCAGCUGCAACCGAGAACCAACAGAGAGGAGCGAUGUGGAGGAAGAGGGUGAAGAGGACAAGGAAGAAGAGGAGGAGGGGGGCAGGUCAAGUGAGGACACACAGGAGAAGUCAAAUGAACAGGCUAGACAGAGCCAGGAGAAGACUGGUGCCCUGACAGAGGUCCUCCUUCCAAAGCAGCAGCCAUCUUCACUGGAAGGUCAGUGGUGUCUUGCUGUACUGUAUGAACUUCAAUGCAGACACACACAGAAUGGUCCUCAGUGUACAUACAGUUUGAAAUUGAGCGAUGCUUGGUGUAUAACAUACUUCAGAUGCUCACGGAGGGUAAGCUUUCCCAAUAGUCAUACAUGAGCCAAGCCAAUGAGCGAUUAACAAACACAGUAACACACUAUUCUUCACUGUGUCAAGAAAAUAGGAAAGUAUGCGAUUGCAAACACUAUUAAGCUCAGGAAUCUAAAGGCCUUAGGUAAACUAUGCCAUGAAAGGAAUGUGCUGUAAAGAAGAAUCACUGCUUCUCCUAUUUAGAAUUCUUCUGCAUAGCAGGUUCCUACCUGAUUAAUAUGAAAUUGCACCGAUAAGAAAUGGUUGAGUCCAUUAAAACACUAUUUAUGGAAAAAGCUUCAGUGUAUCUGCCAAAUGGAGCUUCAGAGCCAGAGCAGAUUGUCUGAACUGAUGGAAUCCAGUGAGUGGGAAUGAGCUCAGAGCAGAGCAGCAGAAGCCCCAGCAAAACACAGUCAAGUAGAAAGCUACAACACAGAAGCGUCAGGACAGAGGAGACAUUCUGUGUCCUAACAGCAUAGUUCAAACACACACACACACACACUUAUUUUACGACAACUGUUGCACUCCCUUUGAUUGGCAGGGACAGUGUUGUGUCCAUGGAAACUGGAACUAGCCAAGAAGCAAAGAAAGGGCCAGGCAGCGAUCCCAGCUAAGCUUUCUGAUGUUGUGCGAAGGGGAUAUUGUUUUAACUGACUCGGUCCCUGCCUGACCUAUGUUAGGUAGAUAGAUUACUAAUGUCUGUGUGUGCUUUUCUCCGCUCUCUCUUUUUCCAGGAUGACAUGGAUUUAUUUGGCUCGUGUUCCACCCUUGAACCGCCCUGGACCUGAAAACAGUCCAGAAAGAUCCCGUUUCAGAUUACACUAGCCCACACACCAAUUCCCAAAAAGUGUGUGGCACACAAUCUCUUUCAAGCGGCUUGUGACCCACGGCCUUCCGUCACACAUCUGAAGGGACUAUGUACAGUUCUGUGAAAAAGUAUUUGGGACCCUUUCUAAUUUUCUCUACUUUUGCAUAUUUUUGAUACUAAAUGUUAUCAGAUCUUCAACCAAAACCUAAUAUUAGAUAAAGGGAACAUAAGUGAACAAAUAACACAACAAUCACAUACUUAUUUCAUUUAUUUGAUAAACAAAGUUAUGCAACACCCAAUGUCCCUGUGUGAAAAAGUAAUUACAGCAAAGCAUCCCCAAACCAUCACACUACCACCACCAUGCUUGACCAUUGGUAUAAGGUUCUUACUGUGAAAUGCAGUGUUUGGUUUUUGCCAGGCAUAAUGGGACCCAUGUCAUCCAAAAAGUUAUACUUUUGACUCAUCUGUCCAUAGAACAUUCUUCCAAGAGUCUUGAUGAUCAUCCAGGUGCUUCUUGGACAAGAUAGGUACCAUUAUAUCUGGCGAAAACCAAACACUGCAUUUCACAGUAAGAACCUCAUACCAACGGUCAAGCAUGGUGGUGGUAGUGUGAUGGUUUGGGGAUGCUUUGCUGCCUCAGGAACUGGACGACUUGCCUUAUUAGAAGGAACCAUGAAUUCUGCUCUGUAUCAGAAAAUUCUACAGGAGAAUGUCAGGCCAUCCGUCUGUGAGCUGAAGCUGAAGUGCAGCUGGGUCAUGCAGCAAGACAAUGAUCCAAACCACACAAUCAAGUCCACAUGAAAAUGGUUAAAAAGCAACGAAUUUGAAGUUUUGGAAUGGCCUAGUCAAAGUCCAGACCUAAUCCCAAUUGAGAUGUUGUGGCAGGACUUGAAACGAGCAGUUCAUGCUUGAAAACCCACAAAUGUUGCUGAGUUAAAGCAGUUCUGCAUGCAAGAGUGGGCCAAAAUUCCACAGCGAUGUGAGAGACUGAUCAACAACUAAAGGAAGCAUUUGGUUGCAGUCAUUGCAGCUAAAGGUGGCACAACCAGUUAUUGAGUAUAAGGGGGCAAUUACUUUUUCACACAGGGGAAUUUGGUGUUGCAUAACUUUGUUAAUUAAAUAUUUUUACAUUUAGGGCGGCAGGUAGCUUAGUGGUUAAGAGUGUUGUGCCAGUAACCGAAAGGUUGCCGGUUGUAAUCCCAGAGCCGACUAGGUGAAAAAUCUGUCGAUGUGCCCUUGAGCAAGGCACUUAACCCUAAUUGCUCCUGUAAGUCGCUCUGGAUAAGAGCGUCUGCUAAAUGACUAAAAAUGUAAAAAAUUUAAAUAAGUAUAUAUUUGUGUUGUUAUUUGUAAAUUCAGGUUCCCUUUAUCUAAAUUGGGUUUUGGUUGAAGAUCUGAUAACAUUCAGUAUAAAGAUUAUGCAAAAAUUGAGAAAAUCAGAUAGUGGGAAAAUACUUUUUCACGGUACUGUAAAUAAAUGCUAACAAAAGACUUCAUGGCAAAAUAAAGCACAAGAGCUGAGACUGAAAAUAAAUCUAUGCACAACGUGAGGUUGCCGGGCCAGAGGCUGAUAUAAUGAAGUUGAAAUGAUGACAAAAUGACUGUUGACUGGUACAAAGUAAAUAGACGCCGUCCCCUUUGUUUCUGAUGUCUGCUUAAGUAGGUGACUAGCAGCAACAGUACCACAGAUCUGGUGUGACUAUUGAUGUGUUUUGUAAUGAAGUCGCUGUUACAAGUUAAUAACUGGCAACAUCUCCUUAAAGGGCCUAAGAGAAGCAUGUCAAAAUCUGUGAUUUCUGGGGCACACUGAGGACAAUCUAGAUAAUACUGAACAAGUUAAGACAAUGAGGAAUAUUUGUGUGUGAUAUCAAAUUUGUUGUAGAUAUUGUAAAAUAGAAAAUAGGUCAAUAUUUUUGUAACGUAGACAUAACUGACUAGUGACAAAUAUGCCUGCUUUUUUCAGUUGUAGUAUUGGUGGUUGUGCAUAUACACUUCCACAAUUAACUUUCAUUUUAUAUAAUUGUCCAUAUUUGUAAAUAAACCACUUCAACAAGACAAACUAUACGAUUUUGAUUGUUGUUCAAAUAUGUCUAGUGACAAAUAUGUCUAGUGACUAGCAUUGAAAUGGCCCAUCUUAAAUCCUACACCAAUGGCAACAGACAACCUGCAAUCAUCACUACAUCACACACACUACAUUCACUUCAGUAUACAGUGGGGUCUCUCUGAAACUCAAGAUAUUACUUGCCCCAAAAUGAUAUGAUUGGAUUUGGUUCAAAACAACAUAGAUACAAGUAAUGAAAAUAAAGCUUCCAUUAGUGAUUUCAUAUUUAGGACUUUAUUCAUGGCUCUGUGCGAUGUACAGUAGGUCUACAUGUGGUUACAGCUACCCAGCUUGCUCCCUUUGAUAGCAUGUUCACACCUUGAUUAACCAUCUGAAGUAAGUCCCACCUCGCUGGGUGAUGCCCCAGGUCUGAUAUCAGUGCUAGGCAAGUAAGGACAUUGUAUGGGGAGCAGCUGCAGCCUCAGCUCCUGGUAAUUAGAGGCGGAAUCUGUUGAAACAGAUGCAACAGCCGGUAGUAAUUGAUUUAGCUAGUCACGAUCUGGAUCGUGCGCUGUGUGAAUUAAACAGAAUUCCCUUAAAUCUCUGAUUUACAACACCUAAGAGUCACUCUAACCUUCCCUCCCUCAAUCUCUCCAUAACAGUAACAAAUACAAAACAGAGGGAGCAGAUUUGCUUUGAAGUCAAAACACCGGCAAAAUGACAGGAAUAACAGGUGUUGUAUUUGUCCCCUCUGAUCUGAACUGGAAAUAACAAUGAACUGCUCAUACUUUUGCAGAAAAUUAUAUUCAACGCUCACAGAUAUGAGUAUUUUCUCUUCCCCAAUACAGAUAUGAGUAUUUUCUCUUCCCCGAUGUCUAUGGACAGAUUAUUUGUAUAAUGUCUACAUACUUUAACUUAUCUAUUUAUAUGGACAUUGGAAUAGAUGCUUCAAACAUACAUUCUCAAAGACAUACAUUCUCAAAAUAUUCUCAAAAUAUUGCAAUAUUCUGAAUUACAGGAUGUACUUUUUGUGCUUUCUAUAAUUGAAAUUGAAUAUGCAUCAAUGACAAAAAUAUGUGAAAGACAGUAUGGUGUAUUGCAUGUGGUAUAUGCACAGCUAUGCACAGACUUUCAUGAACCACACAGAACCUAUGGUUGAGCCAAAUCACUAAAUACUAAAUAGCUAGCUAGUAUACAAAAAUUGCAUAAAAAACAAACAUAUGUUUACAGUGACUGCAUUCAGCUACAGUUAUCUGCCUUUUGAAAGGGUUAAUAAUCAAUAGCAUUUUCUGAUCACGUGAGUCCAUUCCACAGCAACACAAUUGAAGUCGUAGCUAAAACUGAAGUGAAGAGUUGAAGAUCGAUCGAGCUAAUCAGCUUGUAGAGUCCAUGAUGAAGGUCUCAAAGUCUGGGUUCAGGUCCGUCACCAGGGCAUCCACAAAGUCCUCAAUGGUGGGCUGUCUCUGCAGCAUCCCUGUGUCACACAGAUACACAUACAGGGAUUGAGCAUAUUGCCCUUUAAAAAAGGUUUAUAUGCUAUCACUGAAGUAAAACUCCUCCAAUUAAUUAAAGUGGAACACCUGAGUUAGAAUAUAAAAGCAGAACUUUCAGUUAAAUAAGAUAUAGCCUAUGGCCUGUAGUGGAUGUCAGCUAACACGGAGCCAAUUCAGUAAAAUGCAAGAGUACACAGAGAACUGUAUUAAUGUACCUUUAAAGUUGUCCUCAAGAGUAAACACUCCUAAGCUCUCAUUUGUUGUUUCAACACUGCAACAGUACAAACUUCAAAAGGUGUGAUAUGUGUGAUAUUUUGAGGGGGUAGAGUGUCUCUGUACACACAUAUAAUCUCCUUGCUAUCCUGCUGUAGGGCUGAUUUUUUUUAUUUUACCUUUAUUUAACUAGACAAGUCAGUUAAGAACAAAUUAUUUUUUACAAAUGACGGCCUACACCGGCCAAACCCGGACGACGCUGGGCCAAUUGUGCGCCGCCCUAUGGGACUCCCAAUCACGGCCGGUUGUGAUACACCCUGGAAUCAAACCAGGGGGUCUGUAGUGACGCCUCAAGCACUGAGAUGCAGUGCCUUAGACCGCUGCGCCACUCGGGAGAUAUAGCUCCAGUAUGUUUCUAACAGGCCAUUCAGAGCAGCUCUGGGAAUAUCUGUCUGUGUUAUGAGAGUCUGUCUGGUAGCUCAUGCACGGAGCGCACACUCUCUUUACAAUUCCGCUGCACUCUCGCUUUGAAGUCAGUUCAUUUCCCCCUUGUGUUGUUGCCAAUGUAAAUAGGCACUCCCCCCUCUCCCUCCUUCCUGCAUGGGUCACCUCCAACACACACACACGCAAUAGACAGGCACUAAAAAUAAAAUGUAGAUACUAAUUUUAAUCAAAAUUCAGGAACAAAACACUUGCAUUUACAACCACCUGCAAAGGGCUCUAUUAAUAAAACACACACACCCAUAUACAGAGACUCAUAUUCAUGCGUGCAUCCCCCUCCCCCACCACCACCACCACCACCACCACCACCAAGGGAGUCCAUCUCUGAGAACUUCCCUUCCUAAAACUGGCUGAGCAGGUGGAAAAUGAGCCCUGAAUCAGCUUGGCCCUGGCCUGCAGUAAACUGGCUGCCUCCCACACUGGAGCCUUGCAUGAGAAACAGACCAUGGUUCAGCUUCCCCUUUAGCCACCAGUCAGAAGCACCACCACCCAGCCCCUGGGCUAUUGGGGGAUAGGCUUCACCCUGCCCGCCCGCCCGCCCUCCCUCCCUCCCUCCCUCCCUGCCCCUCAGCUAGAUAGGGGUCCCAACCACAGCACAGCCACAAGGCUUCUGAACUAA